AUGGAUAAGGAGGAGUUGAUGGAUGGAGACGAUCUUUUGCUUGAGGAGGAAAAGGAAGCUCGGGCUCCGGCAACCGGGGAUGAAAGAGACCCCCUCCUGGUGGUUAGGAAGCCCGAAGUCGGAACUCCCAAAGGCUUCAAGCUCUGGACUUCCAAUAACGGAGAAGCCACCGCGCUCCGGUCGCUCGUCACCGGUGGAGAAUGCUCGAUUGAAGACGAAGAAGAAAGGAUCUUCAGGCCAUCUUGCUGCGAGCCUGUCGAUGAAGAAAAGGAAUUUUAUUUUGGGCCGGGCCUCGCCAAAGUCUUCAGCUCCCAACAAGGCCUCUCCAAAGAUCUCUGCUGGGCCAUCCAAAGCUGGGCCAAAAAUAUCAGCUUCAUCAUCUGCUGGGAGCCCAUCUCCUUUUACAGAUUUGGAGUUAACAAAAAACCCUCUAAGGAACAAACACACUUCAGCAAAGGUGGGAAGCACUAA